UGUCAAACAAACAAGAUAAUUUACUUAGACAGACGUACAAACAAUUACGUUGAUCUUCAGGAACAAAAAAUAUGGAUGAAUCAGGUAGCUUUACUUUGUGGAAGAUCAUUAGGUAUGAAUAUGUUAGAUGCCCGUGACUCGAUUGAAAUCUUAUAACCCAAGAAAAGAAACAAGGAAAACAAGUCUACAACCUUUCAACAUUACAAAUUCGCAUUAUCUGCAAUAACACUCGUUUAAUCGGAAAUGUCGAGCAGUGGAAAACCUCUCCCUUCAACAACGCUGCCCCGCCUGCCCAUUAUGACAUUCGGAGAGCCCUGGCCGGACUUGAAUGAUGGCUUAACAUACCGUGACCUCAUUCCACCUCCUCACGCUGGUUUGACAGUGAUCGAGUACUACUCCAAAAAGUACAAGAAUUCAGCUCCCGUUCAGGGUUGGUUGCAGAGAAUAAAGAACAAACAGAUUAAGGUUGAUGGUGCUGUUAUCACUGAUCCCAACACAAUCCUCAGAGCUGGCUCAGAACUCGUCUAUCACCGGCUUCCUUGGAAAGAGCCUCAUGCACCUUACCUCCUAGAGGUCCUGUUUGAAGACAAUGAUCUGAUUGCUCUUAAUAAACCCUCCGGUCUUCAAGUUCUUCCUGGAGGACUCUUCCAGCAGCGGACUGUAUUGUCACAACUUGAGUGGCGCGCAAACAAGGGAACUUCUUCAUGUAAACAACCACAUGCUGUACCUGUUCAUCGCCUUGGCAGGGGCACAUCAGGAGUAUUGCUUUGUGCAAAGACAAAGUUGGCAAAAUCUUGCCUUGCAGCAUACUUUGCUGAUGGGACAUCAGCUGUCGGGAAUGAAAGUUGCAACAAUGCACGAUUCAAUUCAACAAGGAAAAUUUCAAAAUUUUACCGUGCUUUAGUAAAUGGGAUAAUUGAUCAGGAUCAGGUUGUUAUAGACCAGCCAAUUGGAUUGGUUAAAUAUCCUGGUGUAGCCAAAGGGCUGUAUGUUGCUUCUGCUUCAGGGAAACUGGCUCUGAGCAAGGUUAGCAUUCUGGAAAGGAAUGUGAAGAAUAGUUCCACAUUGGUCCAGGUGGAAAUUCAAUCUGGAAGGCCGCACCAGAUACGUAUUCACCUUUCUUUCAUUGGGCACCCAUUGCUAGGUGAUCCUCUUUAUGUUGCUGGGGGCCAACCAAGUUGCUUUGAUCCUGAAUUCAUAGAUGAAAGCUUUGCUCAGGAUGGAGGAUAUCAGAGACCUGAGAAUCCAGUUCCAGGAGACUGCGGAUAUCAUCUGCAUGCACAUCAGUUGUUUCUUGCUCACCCCACUACACAUGAGCCGAUCAAGAUUGUCGCACCACUUCCCUCUAUUUUGCAGACAGAGGAAGAAGAGUGCAGAAGUCGACAUUGGAAAUGAGCCGAUGAACCUCUCUGUCUAAAGGCUGGUCUACUAUUAUUAUCACUCCGGAGAAUGAGUAGCUUGUCAUUCCAACUCUUGUUAUGGCUUGUCGGCGAAUUGGAUAAAGUUAAUAUAUACUGUAGUAAGUAUCUGCUGAUGAUGGUAUGCUAUCGGUUGCUUCAUUGAUGACGUCACCCUCUGCUGAAAUAGUCCCAGUCGGCAAACCUCCCAUUAAAUGCUGGUUUUCCUUUCUUUUUUGUAUUUGCUAAAUUCCUGAAUUUUCUGCUCCUGCUUCCCCAUUACAUACACCUUUAAAUUCUUUCAUGUAUACAUACC